UUCCUUUGGAAACUUGAUACGGAAAAACUAAAGUGCCGCUAAAGUUCUAAGCAGGAUUCGGUGGACUUUUGGCUCACGAAACUCAACACAGGCGAGUUGCAGAGAGCCGAAGUGCUACUAAUUCGGAAUUUUGGAAAGUUUUUACCCUCUAGAAUCUGAAGUAUUCUCAAGAGCUUGUUGUGGCAUGUGUCAGUUUUGAGGCAAUCGUCAGCUGUUGAGCAAUUAUGGAGGGGCAAAACAUAACCUUUGAGUUAUUUGAACAGGACAGGCUCGAGCCAUUUUAAUGUGUUGAAAAUUUCUUUAGAUCAGACGACAAUUAUUUUGCGGGCUGAUUGAUUCUUGAAUAGACGCGCAAAAUGAGUGGUCUAUUUUCUUUUAAUAAUGCAUGCGCGACAGAGAUACAUAUUCCGUUUGAUUUUGUUCAAAUAAAGUGAACAUCGGGAAUACUUGAUUGUCGCCUGUCUAACGUCUGAUUAAUCACGUCAACACCUAACCGCGCUUUGCCAUUUAAAACGCCAGUUUCAGGACAAAUUGCAGUUUAAUGCAAAACGGUUUAUAGUUGCAAGGUAAUUAUCGUUUAAUAGCGAUAAAUUAUAGCAAAAACGCGGAUUAAUUUGCGCUCAUUGGCAGGUUAUUGCCCCUUACAAGUUUUGACGGAUCUGUCAAUGUUUCGGCACAAAAGUUUCGCAUGUAAAAUUUCAGAUUUGUUCAUCUUACUUAAUUGUUAUGCAAUAUUGGGCUCUGAAUAGCUACCUAACAAUCUUAACUAUUUGGACUUUGUCUGAUCAAUUUAUAACACCUGGCCUACCUAUGGGAAGCUAAAGUCAGUGACAGAACAUGAUGUGACCUGCUUCUGGGAUCGAUAGUUGCCUCAAAUAAGAAAAACUGUGUUGAAAUAGUCGCGCCUGUUUUAUCCAGUAGAGGUAGAUAAUGUUGGUGCCAAUUGCCAUGAGUAGACGGGUUCUGGGUACCCUACUAAUACGUAAUUACCAGGUGAUGACUCCGAAUGGGCCAGCAAAAGCCAUGAGCCUCUUGCACAGUGGCUUACCCCUUACCGGGUACCAGUUCACUCCAAAUAUGAAGGAACAAAUCAGGAAUGGAUCCACUCAACAGCCCGAUAUUAAGGUCACAUUAAACGAAUUGAAACUGGCCUUUGCUAAGGAAAUGGGCGUCGACCAUCCAUUUAAGCCGUUUGCUAAUGACCGCGAGCAUCUUACCAAGUAUCUUCCAAAAUCGCAGGAAGAAAUGCCUAAAAGGUCUAUGCAGGACAGCUAUAUUGCGGCAAGCAUCCCUCUAUCGCAAGACACUGCUCUGCAGGAAAAAUACGUUACCUUUCUCGGGUCAGUCAGGCUGGGAAGGCUGGUGGAAGAUAUGGAUAUUUUUGCUGUAAUUGUAGCACGCAAACACAUCCUCAAUCCCCAAUUACCUGACGGAGUCCAUUUUCCUCAGACCUUAGUCACAGUUCUAGUGGACCGAAUUGACUUCACAGAAUACUUGCCCAAACCAAACAAGGAUAUAAAAAUAUCUGGCCAUGUGAGUUGGGCGGGGAAAUCCACCCUGGAAGUGGUAGUUUGGCUCGAACAGUUUGAAGAUGGAAACUGGCAGCGCAUCACUAGAGCGCUAUUUUUACUAGCUGCUCGAGAUCCGACCAACGCUUACGCCACCAUGGUGAAUCCCAUAGAUCCGGCUAAUGAAAGAGAAAAAACCAUUUUGGCUGGUGGCGAGGAUAGAAAGAAACGACGACUGGAGAUUGGGUUUGCCCAUGUAUCUAAGCAAGUACCAAGUGCACAGGAACAAAAACUGCUACACAGCAUGUACAUAAAAACAACCGACCCCAGUGAUAUCAGCAUGUCGAAAAGAGUUUUACCUGCGAAUAGCGCUUGGAUGAGCAGUAGUAAAGUGUCGAACGUGAUAUUGGCUCAACCUGAAGACCGCAACUUACACAACACAGUAUUCGGCGGCUUCAUAAUGAGACACGCGACGGAACUGAGUUGGAUCGCCAGCUACAUGUAUUGCAAGUACAGACCCAGAACGAGAAGUAUGAGUGAUAUUUCGUUUAAACAGCCAAUCGCUGUGAAUUCCCUCAUUCAAAUGCACGCAACUGUUGUUUACACACAAAUGAACUUUAUACAAACAACAGUGUUUGCUCAAGUUUACAAUCCUUUGUCCGGAUCCACUUCAACAACCAACGCUUUCCAUUUUACCUUGGAGGCUCCGGAUAUUGUGCCAGAAGUGAUUCCACAGACGUAUUACGAAGCAAUGUUGUAUAUUGAUGGACGGCGACACUUCCAAAAAGAUUUGAAAGAUACCCAAGGUGCUUUCGAUAGCAAACUGUGAUAGGUAAUACUAGUUUAAUGCGAUUAAUGGUGGUUCUAAUUUUUAGGAGUCUCAUAGUGGCAAGCUGCAAAUAAUGUGUCUAAUUUAUUUAAGCUGUGGUGUUAUCAAUUCUAUCUAGCCCUGGUCGCUUUUCUGCACUAGUCGGCUUCAAACCGUUUUUAUAAACAAUUAAUUAUAGAAAUAGCAAUUUUUCCUACUUACAUACGCAACGUGUUAAGUAAAUACAUGGUUAUGGUACUUGUUUCAUAUA